UCGUUUUGCUUAGGUUUGGCUUCAAAAUUAAGUUAUGGACUCGAUUAAACGAACGCCAACGUGAAAUUCGGUUUCAAAAUUCCCCAUCCGUUCUCCUUUUCUUCAUUUUCGCGUUUCAGCUUGGGUUGGCAAUCACCAUGGCCUAUACCAUCAAGUUGGACUGGAUAAGGAGGAUCCUGAACCCCUGUGGCACCCGACAAACUCGUCUAAUGCAUGAUGAUGGUAAGACGCAGAUCUGCAGCCAGAGUCCCUGGAGACGCCUGAUGCGACUGACCAGGAAUAACUCAAGCAGUACUUCUGGUGGUAAUGAGCCCCGCAGGCUGGACACCAAUAAACCGAAGCCCAGUAACAAGCAAAUCUCGUACAGCGAACGGCAAACACCUUUUGGGAACAACACAUACAAAAAUGCUAACCUGGUUAGAAUGCAUCCUUUAGUCAGAGACGAGGACAAAAGGACAACGAAGCAUAAGCGACGCCUUCCCACAGAGAAAUCAGCAACAAUGAGGUUACAUAAUGCGCAGAGAAGAGCGGAGCAACUGGCCAGGACCCUGCGAUCCAAGGAUCCAAGUGGCUCUCCCUCACCGAACUCCACCAUACCGCUCAAGAUUCUUGAAAUGACCCAAAGGACUCAUACGAUCUCCUCACAGUUGGUAAUUGAUGCGAUGAGGACCAGGAAUAUGGAGAGGAUGGUGCGCAAGUCGGAGGCCAGGAUGUUGAACGAGCGGGUGAAGAAGCUCUUCGAGAAGCAGAAGGAAGCAAAGGCGGAAGGCAAGGAGCGGCAGCCGGAAGGUGACUUCACUGUUCCCGAAUCAAAGAUCAUGGUGCCGGAGCAGCGGCAACUGGAGGUCAAGGCGGUGGUGCAAUUGCUGAAGAAGGCCAUCACCCUGGUCCAUUUCAGCCACGAGGAGCAGGCCAAUGUGAAGGAUGUGAGGAUCUCCAGGAUGCAGACCAAACUGGACAUAGAUGGCCUGCAUCCUUGCUGCAGCUCCAUUGAUUCCCUUGCCAUCAGUGGCAAGCCGCAGUCCUCCCAAGCCUACCACAUGCGCAUUCGCUGCCCCAAGAUUCCGGUCCCCAGGAAAUCGGAAGUCGAAAACAAAUCCAACUCUCGGGCAAUAGCCGCCAGUCUCAUCAAGGAGGAGCAGAGGCGCCUGGAUCGUUUGAGGGCGGAAAAGGUGCAGUUAGUCUGCUCCAAGAACAACACAAAUUUCGGUUUUAUUAACAGGAAUGCAGGGUAUCACAGGCACAGGCAAGCAAAGUCCACCGAUUCUGACGAUUCCUCCAAGCCUACAGAUUUGGACAUGAACUCCCUGAUUAUUGAUCCCAAAUCGUUUCUCACAAAGGUGCUCGAUAAGAAGGAAAUUGUGUCGCUUGAUCAGGUUAAUAACUUCGCACUGGACACCAUGGAAAAUCCAGAUGUCUUCUCAAAGCCACUGACCAAAAAACCAGAGCCUAAGUCCAAGAAAGCACCUGCUAAACUUUUGCCGCAAUGAAAUCGCAACCAAUAAAGAACUUGUUGAGAAAUGUAAUAAAAUCGAUCGAAAAUGGCCGUGACUGGA